GGUUGAGAAAAUGCAAGUUCCUUUUUUGCAGGUCCCGCCUGUGCUUGCAGAUUCUUCCGUUCACUGCCCAGUGGUUGCAUGAUACAGCAUAAAAACUACACCUACCUGGAUACAUACGGCUUCGAGGCUCCUCGGGAUUUACAUAUAAUCUCAUUACAGGAUUGACACCAUCCAAGUCAUCUGAACUACCUAUACCCACAACUCCUGCAAAAUCGCUGACUCUAUCCUCAAUAGUCACGUGAUAUCAUACCCCUCUAUCCUCUACUUUCUGGUCCGCUCUCCAACCGUUGAAGAUGGCUAAAGACAAGAAAUCCAAAUCCGAAGACAAGAAGAAGAAGCUCGCGGAGAAGAAACAAAAGCAAGAGAAAAAGGCCGACAAGAAGGAAAAGACCAAAGCCCAAAAAUCCAAAUCCGCCGACGACAGCGACAAUGAAUCUGUCGAUCUCGAUUCCGUUCUUGCCGAGUAUGCUAAAGCCCAAGAGUCUUUCUUGAAGAUCACAGAGGCGGUUUGCGAGCCUCCUAGACCGAGAGCUUCUUCAACUCUCAUCGCUAGUCCCAGUAAUGCGAAUGAAUUGUUUUUGUUCGGGGGCGAGUAUUUUAACGGGGCUUUGGCGACUUUCUUCAACGAUUUGUAUGUGUAUGCCGUUAAUAAGGAUGAGUGGCAUGUAGUGACUAGUCCGAAUGCUCCAUUGCCAAGAUCUGGACAUGCAUGGUGUAGAGGUGGAAACGCAGGGGGAAUAUAUAUGUUUGGAGGGGAGUUUUCGAGUCCCAAACAGGGAACUUUUUAUCAUUACAAUGACUUCUGGCACCUCAGUCCCUCUGAGCGUGAAUGGACACGUCUAGAAACCAAAGGAAAAUCUCCUCCUGCCCGUAGCGGUCACCGCAUGACCUACUACAAAAACUACAUUAUCCUAUUCGGUGGUUUCCAAGACACGUCGCAAGCGACCAAAUAUCUGUCCGACCUUUGGGUCUACGACACUUCCAACUUCGUCUGGCACAAUCCCGUUCUUCCCCCCGUGACCCAGAAACCCGAUGCCCGAUCCUCCUUCACCUUUCUCCCGCACGAAAAUGGCGCCGUGUUGUAUGGAGGCUACUCCCGUGUCAAAACAAACGUCUCGGGAAAACAGAUGAAAGGCGGUGGAAUGGCCAUGCGCAAUGUGCUCAAACCCAUGGUCCACCAAGACUGUUUCUAUCUGCGCAUUACCCAACCCGCCGAUACAUCGACCACCGCUCCUCCCACCGUGCGUUGGGAACGCAGAAAAAAACCAGCCAACACGCCCAAUCCUCCACGUGCAGGCGCCACAAUGGCUUACCACAAGGGACGCGGUAUACAAUUUGGCGGCGUACACGAUGUUGAGGAAUCCGAGGAGGGAAUUGAUAGUGAAUUUUUCAAUACGCUCUUCGCAUGGAACAUUGAACGAAAUCGCUAUUUCCCCCUUGCCCUCCGCAAGCCACGAGCGCAGAAGAAGAACAACGGAGGAAACGAGCGCGGAGGAGGAAGGAGAGGAAGAGGCCAAGCGAACGAAGAAGAACUCCUACGCAAUCUCGCCGCGCUCGAGACGGGAAAAUCACUAGCCGAUGCAGAUGAUAUGGAGAUCGACACAAGCAAGCCCGAAGAUGAAGAUGCCGAUGCCUUGCCUGCGAAACAGAUCCUGAUGGAAUUUCCCCACGUGAGAUUUAAUGCCCAAUUGGCGGUUCAAGACGACGUUCUUUACAUCUACGGAGGUACAUAUGAGAAAGGCGAUCGUGAAUUCACGUUUGAUGAAAUGUACGCCGUUGAUCUAGGUAAAAUGGAUGGCGUAAAGGAGAUAUUUAGACGAGAGCCCGAGAACUGGCUUGGCAGCGAGGAAGAUAGUGAAGACGAUGAAGAAGAUGAUGACGAAGAUGACGAAGACGACGAGGAGGAAGAUGCCGACGAAGAAGGCGAUGUAAAAAUGGACGAUAAGAAGCAUCUACACACCGAAAGCACGCGCAAAUCCAAGCGCAAGGAGAAGGAAUCUCUUUCCUCCGAACUCCCCGACGCAUCACCCAGCACUUCUGCGCCCGAAUCCUUCGACGAUACACCAGAAACCUCAAGUACCAGUCCGGACGAUAAUCUCCCGCAUCCUCGUCCGUUUGAGAGCCGUCGCGAUUUCUUCCAGCGCACGGGUAAUGAAUGGCAAGAAGCGUUGAUGACGGGGCUUCGCUGGAAGGGAAUCCAGCCUGAGACACUCAGUGUGAAGGAGAUCAAGACGAAGGCGUUUGAGAUGAGCGAGGAGAAGUGGUGGGAUUGCAGAGAGGAGAUUAUGGCGUUGGAAGAUGAGCAGGAGGCGAGUGGCAUUGGGGAGGUUGUGGCGUUGGCGGAGAGGGCGGAGGGAGGGGGUGUGGGAAGGAGACGGUAGAGCGGGAGUGGUAAGCUGGAUAGGUGGACUAUGAGCUAGCAAGAUUAUACGUGUUCCAUUGUCAACCUUUAUGUGAUUUCCAACACCGAUUAGAAUGUCUGAAUCUAUGUACUCGGAGAUACUCGGCACCGACACUUGAACUCCUAACUUCCUCUCAUUUCCAUUUUCCCCAAGGGUAUCCCAAUACAAAAAUCUAAAUAUACAUACGAACAAGCACGCAAUCUUGAAGAUAUCCAUCCAUCAAGGUGAUCACUCUUCCCAUGAAUUUUCCUGCACAUCUAAUUCCAUAAUCAUAACACUACUAAUGAGUAGCCCA